CGAGCGUAUACAGAUAUACUUAUACACUUGUAGUCACAAAGCAAAACAGCUUUUUCUCGUCAAAUACCUAAAAGCAAAGCAACAAUAUAAGAUGUUUUCAACCAGAAUCAUAGUUGCUCUUUUGGCAUCCAGUGCCAGUGCAAUAUCUACACGUAGACAAGAAAGUACAUGCACCGCAGAAGAAACACAGGUGAGAAGUGGUGAUGGUACCACAAGAUGUGUAGCAUCGGAUCAAUUGAGUGAACACAAAGCUCUGUGCAGUUAUGAACCAGUAGAAGGGUUUAUGAUCGAUACUAUAGGCAGCGAAGACUCAAAGAAAGGCACCCUGUACGUCAAGAGUGAUGCAGAUGCACAGAUAUGCGAUGGUUUACUCUCGUUCAUACCUGACGGUACAAAAAUAUCAUACAUCGAACCGGGUACAUUCGACACAGGAUUUGAGAGGUUACGGGGCAUAGAUUUAUUCGACAAUGAGAUAGAGCAUAUCAGCGAUUUUGCCUUUGAAGGUUUGGAUAGUCUAGUAAUCAUGGAUCUGGCCAAGAAUAAGCUAACAGAGCUCGAUGCCAACGAUUUGAGCAAGGCUCAGCCCAGCAUAACAUUCCUGCUGCUGGAUAAUAACCAGAUAUCACAAAUUGCCGAAGACACAUUCCAAUCCGCAACACAACUCCAACAGCUAAUCUUGGUGGGCAACGAACUUACUGGCCUACCCGAGCAGACAUUCGCCAAGUCGAUUGCCCUGAACUCACUAUCUCUUGACAACAACCCUUGGCUGUGUGAAGAUAUUGUUCCGGCCUUGUCCGUGUACAUCAGUGACGACCUACGCGUGGUCGACACUUUAUCCGAGAAUCCAUUCGAUACCGGAAAAUAUGGUGAAUGUACAUUCGAGAAUGGUACAACUGUCGAUCUAAGGGAUGCCGUUCCACCACCACCAGUUGUUGUAGAACCCGAGGAGACCGGUAUAUUUGAGAUAGAGGCCGAGGAAAGUGGGGCAUAUACAUUGAUGGGCGAUGACAUGUUCCCGUUUGCCGAGGAAUCAGAUAGUCUUUCAGCGGAUGACUUUGCCGUACUAGAGGAGGAAGAGGAGGUUGUACUAAAACAAUGGGUGGGAGGUGUGUCCGCACAAACCCGCACUAACAGCGGAGAAAUUGCAGCGGAUGAUAUAGUUGAACUUUACUUAGCAUUCAGAAAAGACAGGGAAAAUCUUGACGCCCUGAAUUUAGAGUUUUGAUCAAUUGUCUUCAGUAAAGACGAAAAUGAACUCUUUCUAUCUAAACAAAAACAGCCAGCUUUCUUUCUAAGACUAUGCUUAGAAUUAUGCGGCAAACAUGUGAUGUCAAAACAUAAAGCAGGAAUUGUUUCACCGUAG